UUCGGACGCCUCGUGAAGGUUUCGUGAAGGUUUGGUCAAACGCGAGUAUUCGGAGGAAGGGACACCAUACAGGACCUUGAAAUCCCGACACGCCUGCCGCAUUGGAUAUACGAACGAUUUUCGAAGGGAUUUUUCAUCUCUCUCAUCAUGCGCUGGCGAUCUAUUCGGUCGUUGGUGCUUCUCCUAUUUAUAGCUGCGGCGCACGUUUCUGAUGUCACAUCCACACCUCAUCAUAUAAAAUUGAGGCAUGGAAGACACAGACGACAACAUGGGGAAAACCACAUACCAAAAACAUAUAUUUUAGACCCGAAUGAACCAGAAAGAGGGAACUGGGGCCCAUGGUCUAAUCCAAGUUCCUGCUCCCGUUCUUGUGGAGGUGGUGUUUCACAUCAAAUGAGAACGUGUCUUGAUAUAGAUUCAAGUGGAUAUGCCCGUUGUACAGGUGCAACAAGGAGGUUCUUUUCCUGUAAUAUCCAGGAAUGUCCUGGAGAACCGAAGGAUUUCCGUGCUGAGCAGUGCGCAGACUUCAACAGCAAACCAUUUAAGGGUGUUCAUUUUGAUUGGAUUCCUUACACAGGAGGUCCUAACAAGUGUGACUUAAACUGUAUGCCACGCGGAGAAAGAUUUUUCUACAGGCAUAAACCCAGUGUUAUAGACGGUACAUUAUGUGACAUUGAGAAAAAUGAUAUUUGCGUGGAGGGCCAGUGCAUGCCUGUUGGAUGCGACAUGGUACUGGGCAGUGACGCCAAAGAAGAUGCUUGCAGAAUUUGUAAUGGUAAUGGAACCGAUUGUAAUACAGUGAAGGGCCUGUUCGACGCAGAUGAUUUGCAAGCAGGUUACGUCGACAUUCUAUUAAUCCCAGAAGGAGCAACGAACAUUCUUGUAAGAGAAAUACAACCAUCGAAUAAUUAUUUAGCUAUUAGAAACACAAGUGGACACUAUUACUUAAACGGAAACUGGAGAAUAGACUUCCCUCGAAGUUUAAGGUUCGCCGGUACAAUUUUCCACUAUGCUCGUGACCCCCAAGGUUUCUCUGCACCUGACACAAUUACAGCUCUGGGACCAACGACCGAACCAAUUUACGUCGUGUUGCUCUAUCAAGAUAGAAAUGUUGGAGUAAAUUACGAAUACAGCAUUCCGAGCAAAAUCUCUCAACAAGGUGACCCUGACGGCUACAAUUGGAUAGCAGAUGAAUUUUCUGCAUGCAGUUCAACUUGUGGAGGAGGCUAUCAAUCAAGACGAGUGAGCUGUGUUGGUCGGCGAAACAAUGAACCAGUGGAUGAGCAACUUUGUGAUCCUCUGCGAGAGCCAGCAGAUACACAAGCUUGUGGUGAGGAGCCUUGCCCACCUUCAUGGGUGGAAGGCGAGUGGAGUCCUUGUACCAAGCAAUGCGGUGAGGGCGGUGAGCAAACUCGAGAAGUUAAAUGCGAGCAGGUGGUUUCUGGGGGAAUCCCCUCGAUUGUCGAUGAUUCGCAAUGUGCGAACCUAGGACCUAAACCUGAGUCAAAGCAGGAAUGUAAUAAAGAGGUUGAUUGCCCUCAGUGGCAUGUAGGUCCAUGGAAACCGUGCGAUCACUUGUGUGGAGAAGGUAAACAGACAAGAAAAGUAACUUGCUACAGAAAAACGAAUGGAAAAAUCCAGGUUUUGGAGGACUCCGCCUGUGAGGAAGAAUUACCUGAACGGGAAAAAGUGUGCGAGUUGAGGCCUUGUGCUGGUGUCGAUUGGGUUACGUCAAACUGGAGCGGCUGUACGGAAAAAUGUGGAUUAACUCAAGAAACCAGAACCGCACAAUGCGCAACUCAGGAUGGCAAAACUUAUCCUGACGACAAGUGUGAUCCUGAAAAAAAACCUGAGUUAAGUCGAAAUUGUGACGUCCCCCAAAGUUGUGAAUACGAGUGGGUAGCAGCCCAAUGGAGUGAGUGCUCUGCAAAAUGCGGAUCGGGAAUUCAAACCCGACAAGUAUUUUGUGCAACCUUCGAGACUGAGGAUACUCUGAAAAAAGUAGCUGAUGAAAAAUGUGAUGCUGAGAAAAAAUACAUCGAGACGAAUGUCUGCACUGCCAAGAUCGAAGAAUGCAAGGGUGAAUGGUUUGCUGGUCCAUGGAGCAAGUGCUCGAAAGCUUGCGGUGGUGGAGACAUGACCCGCAAGGUGAUUUGUAUGAAAGACAAUAUGACUGUACCCACAAGCAAUUGCGAUGUUGAAAGCAUUAUGUUCGGCAAAGAUAGUUGCAAUGAACAUCCAUGUGGUGAAGAUGAAGUAAUCCCAGUAACUCCAGACAAGGCGAAAGCUUUGCCCAAUGAGUCAGAAGAAGAGGAAUGCGAGGAUGAAGAAGAAGAAGAUUUCGUCAGUAUCAAUACUCCUGAAACUGAUGGAAACGAUUCAGAAACAACGAAAGUCGCUCCUCUAAGCUCGCUCUUGGAUUCUGAAAGCAGCGAUGUAACUAUCGGAUUCACGGAUGUAAUGAUCAGCGACACACCUUACAGCAGAGGCGAUAUUUCAGCUUCCACUGAUUCUGGUAGUGGUAGUGGAGCAAGCAGUGAUUACGAUGAUGACUUUACUAUCUUCAGUACCGGCUUCACGGACACUGUUCUGCCUAGCGAAGAUGGUUCAACUGUGGAAGGAAGUGGAUCUUCCCCUGAUGACAGUUCCGACACAACUAUUUCUGGUGUAACCCAAUCAGGAGUUACUGAAAUAUCUACUGCUGGAUCUACUAAUGGAUCUACUGAAGAAGUCACAGAAGGUACAACUGAAUCAGGAUCCACUGGUGCGACUACUCAAUCGGGUACUGACGCUACAACUGAAGAACUAGCUUCCGGAACAACUGAAAGCUCAACUGAAUCUUCAACGGAGUCUCCAUCUGAGUCUUCAACUGAGUCAUUAACUGAGUCUUCAACUGACUCUUCAACUGACUCUUCAACUGAGUUUUCAACUCACAUCCCGACUGAAUCUUCUGUAAAUACAGAAAUAACCGAAUCUUCUGGAUCUACGGAUAGUACUGACUCCUCUGAAACUACUGUUUCAUCUUCUACAGAAUCUGCGGAAACUGAAACAACAAAUACUGCAUCGACAACUUCCUCUGAUGAAACAGCAACUACAGAGUCUACAGUUUCUGAAGAAACAGUUUCCUCAGAAUCUGCUUCUUCUGAAUCUAGUUCGUCUGAAUCCAGUCCAUCUGAAUCCACUUCUUCUGAAUCCAGUACUUCCAGCGGAACCACAGUUACAGAUUUCUCCGAAACCACUAUGGAGAGCUCGACCCUUUCUGGCUUAACUGAAUCGGAGGAAACUUCUGACUCUACCACCGCCCCAACAACCGAAUCAUCUGGAGAGACUACAAGAGCCUUUGGAGAAACUUCGGAAACUGAAAACAUAGAAUCGGGAGCAACAACAGAGUCUGGAGAAACAACUGUUUCCGGUGAAACUACCGAAUCUGGAUUGACAACUGAAUCUGGAUUGACAACCGAAUCUGGAAUGACAACCGAAUCAGGAUUAACAACUGAAUCUGAUUUAACAACUGAAUCUGGGUUAACAACUGAUUCCGGAUUAACAACUGAAUCUGGUGCGACGACAGAGUCCGGAAUGACGACUGAAUUUGGUUUGACUACGGAAUCUCGAGAAAGUACGAUAAAUAGUGAAACGACUGAAAGUGGUAUCACUGACGAGUCAACUCCUUCUGGAACAACUGCUGCCGAGGACGAAGACACAGACUUAACUGAGAAGACUCAUGUUUCUGAGAUCUGGACUACCAUCAGUCCCGUCCAGAGGGCAUUGGAGAAGGAGGGACGCGGCAAGAAGUGCAAGUUGAGGAAGAAGAAGACCUGCAAGACUACGGAAUUCGGCUGCUGUUAUGAUGGAGUCACUCCAGCAGAAGGGCCCUUCGGAAAGGGAUGUCCGACUGCCCAGACUUGCGCAGAAACUAAAUUCGGAUGUUGUCCAGAUGGUGUUUCACCUGCUAAAGGAACAAAUAAUGAAGAAUGUCCUGAUCAGCAUUGCAAUGAGACUCUCUUCGGUUGUUGUCAAGAUGGAAUCACUCCUGCUGAUGGCAACGACUAUGAGGGAUGCAAAAAGCCUUGCAAUGAAACAGAGUUUGGAUGUUGCCCAGACAAAGAAACUCCAGCGAGUGGAAAGGACAACUUGGGAUGCUGCAAUGUCACCGAACAUGGCUGUUGUCCAGAUGGGAUUAAACCAGCUACUGGUCCUGAUGGCGAGGGUUGUGAAGAAGAGACCUCUGAAUCACCAGACUUUGAAACUACGACAUCAAUAGCAGAAGACUGUGCCAAUUCGACUUAUGGUUGUUGUCCAGAUGGACAGAAGACAGCUACUGGUGAAAACUUCGAAGGUUGUGGAGUCAUCAACACGGAAAAUUGCACAGCUUCGUACUUCGGAUGUUGUCCUGAUGGAGUUACAGCUGCACUUGGAUCUCAACAUCAAGGUUGCCACAUGCCAUGCGAAAACUCGACCUACGGUUGUUGCGAUGAUGGAACAACGCCAGCUCACGGACCUAGCAAGGAAGGUUGUUGUCUCACGACACCUUACAAAUGCUGCCCUGACAACAUCUUACCAGCUCGGGGUCCAGACUUUUACGGAUGUGGAUGCCAGUAUUCUAGAUUUGGUUGCUGUCCCGAUAAUACUACCGCAGCUCGUGGAUCAAACAACGAAGGAUGCGGAUGUCAGUUUACACCGCAUGGUUGUUGCCCGAAUAGAUUCACUCCCGCAAAUGGUCCUAACUUUGAGGGAUGUCCAUGCUAUACUUAUCAAUUCGGCUGCUGUUCUGAUGGAGUUACUGUGGCUAAGGGACCUAAUAGUCAAGGAUGUGGAUGUGAGAAUACAGAAUUUAAGUGCUGCUCCGAUGGAAGAACGCCAGCCAAGGGACCAAACUUUGCUGGUUGUGCUUGUGAUGCUUCCAAAUUUGGUUGCUGUCCUGAUGGAGUCGAAGAAGCUCAGGGUGAAAACUUCGAGGGCUGCCUGACAGUUCCCUCCACUCCAGGUGCUACGUGUGGUUUAAAAGGGGAUAGAGGACCUUGCAGAGACUUCUCUGUUAAAUGGUUCUAUGACACUGAAUACGGAGACUGCUCCCGAUUCUGGUACGGAGGCUGUGAGGGUAACGAGAAUAGAUUCAAAUCUCAGGAAGAGUGUAAGGAUGUUUGCGUAGAGCCUAAAGGAAAAGAUGUAUGUUCCUUACCCAAAAUUGGUGGACCCUGUAAGGGAUACCAUCCAAAAUGGUACUAUGAUGUUGGAAGGAAACAGUGUGGACAGUUCAUCUGGGGAGGAUGUCUCGGAAAUGCUAACAAGUUCGCGACGAGAGAUGAAUGCGAGUCGCUUUGUACCAUUUCUGAUGAUGCCGAUCCUUGCGAUCAGAAUAAGGAAAUAGGCCCUUGUGCUGGUAACUUCACUAGGUGGCACUUCAAUAAAGAAGCUCAAAGUUGCGUACAAUUCAGCUAUGGUGGAUGCAAGGCGAACCUCAAUAACUUCCAAACCGAAACUGCUUGCCAGGAAAGGUGUCUUCAGCCGGGUCGUACUCGCGAUUCUUGCUUGCUGCCACGAGCGGAGGGUAACUGCACAGAGAAGCAUCCUCGAUGGUUCUUUGACCAAUCGGAGAAUCGCUGCAUGCCAUUUUAUUACACUGGCUGUGGUGGUAAUAAAAAUAACUUUGACUCUAGAGACGCAUGUGAGUCUAUUUGCCCACCCAAGAUCGAACCGGAUACCUGCUUACUUCCUGCAAUUGCGGGCGAGUGUCACAAUUAUACUCAACGGUGGUUCUACGAUUCCUACGAACAACGAUGCAGACAGUUCUAUUAUGGAGGCUGCGGUGGAAACGAGAACAAUUUCAUGUCUGAGUACGAUUGUAUCAACAGAUGCGAAGCUUCCCUCAACACAAAAGCACCUCCUGCACAGGAAUUCAAAACUGAAUAUUGCUUCUUGCCUGAUGAACGAGGACCUUGUUCAGAUCAUCAAACUAAAUGGUUCUACGAUAGUCGAAUAGGACUCUGCAAACAAUUCCAUUACGGCGGUUGUGGCAGCAACGGAAAUAAUUUCAUUACUCGUGAGGAAUGCGAAUAUCGAUGUGGUGAAGUCCAAGAUCCUUGCAGCUUGCCAGUUCUCAUCGGACCCUGCAACGGAUCCGUCGUCCAAUUCUAUUAUGAUAGAAGAUACGACAACUGUUUCGCCUUUGACUAUAGUGGCUGUCAAGGCAACAAAAAUCGCUUCCAGGAUAUCGGAUCGUGUACCCAAAAAUGCGUUAGGCAAGUAGAAGCUCAGCGAGACACCACGCCUCACUCCGUUGUAGAACCAGAACCAAAUGCCAUCUGCUCAGCUCCAGUUGAAGUCGGUCCUUGCAGAAAAGAAAUCACUGCUUAUUUCUACAAUUCCGAGGCUAAAACUUGCCAGGCCUUCGUAUACGGAGGUUGCGAAGGAAAUGCUAACAGGUUCCAGUCUGAAGAACAAUGCGAGCGUCUCUGCGGUGUAUUCCGAAAACAAGACAUUUGCAACCUCUCGGCCGAUCCUGGUCCUUGUAGAGGAGCCUUCACUAAAUUCUUCUACGAUCAAUCAACCCGAGCUUGCAGAGAAUUUAUCUACGGUGGAUGUGAUGGAAACGCUAAUCGAUUUAGCACUAUUCCUGAAUGUGAAUCUGUAUGCAUUCAUCAUGAAGAACCAUCGACCAAUUUAACUGAUACAGAUAAUUCUCACCUGGCAAUCUGCCAAGAAUCCGUUGAUAUUGGUUCUUGCACUACCGGAAAUUAUAAGAGGUUCUACUUCGAUCCUGAUGACAACACCUGUAAGGGCUUCAUUUAUACUGGCUGUGGCGGCAAUCGAAAUAAUUUCAAGACCUUUGAAUCUUGCAUUAACAGUUGUCUUAAAUCGAAUGAAAUCGACGUUGACGAUAGAAUAAAUAAGGAUCCUUGUGAGGAGGCGGAAGAAGAAUGCAGGGUGAUUCGCUGUCCGUAUGGCAAAGAGGCCUUUGUUGAUAAUCAGAAUUGUCAACACUGUCGAUGUGCUGAUCCUUGUGCAACUCAAAGUUGUCCAGAAGGUACCAGAUGUGCCAUCAUUCUGGAUGAUUCAAAUGAUGUUCCUAUAUACAGGGGUGUUUGCAGAUCUGCUGUUAAAAAUGGUCGUUGCCCUACUGUAUCAAACAGUACCAGAUGUGAACAAGAGUGUUCGACAGACGCCGACUGUGCAGGAGAACGUAAAUGUUGUAAUAAUGGUUGUGGUACUUCCUGUCUGGAACCCGCAUCAGAAGAAAUAAUUACGACACUAUCACCAGUUGUAAACGUAUCUGCACCACUUUAUGGUGCAGAACCAGCUGCAAUUCAUCAUCCAAAAGAAUCCAAACUUACGGCUGAGGAAGGUUUCUAUGUGACGAUGCCGUGUGUCACUACCGGAAAUCCGAGACCCGCAAUCACCUGGCGCAAGGAAACUGAAUUGAUAUCUGCAAAUGAAAAGAGGCGAAGGAUCCUUAAUGAUGGCUCCCUGCAGAUUAUCAAUUUGUACACCUAUGACCGAGGAACCUAUAUUUGCACCGCUGACAAUGGUCAUGGUUCUCCUGUCAGAAUAGAAUACCAAUUGGACAUAACAGAGCCCCUGAGCAAUCGUUCUGCUGCUAUUGUUGGGGAACCAACCGCAUCGAUUACGGUGACGAUCAACUCACCAACUACCCUUCAUUGCUAUGCGAUGGGUUGGCCAAGGCCCUUCGUGACCUGGUGGCGUGGAGAUCGCAUGCUACCCUUCUCUUCAGAAGAUUACGAACAGGAUUCCGAUUAUACCCUCCUCAUCCGAUCAGUGACAAUUAGUAACCUUGGAGUGUACGAGUGUCAAGCUUACAACGCCAUCGACAGACCAGCCUCCUGGUCCAUCACCCUUCAGGCAAUUGGACCAGUUCACAAUGUCUCCAGUCCUUAUAUAGUCCCGCCACCUGAAAGGCCCACUACGAUAAGGCCCAACUAUCCAUUCAGGCCCCAGAGGACCCAAGCACCCGAUUACCAAACCUACCCUCCUGUUUAUCCCAAUAGAACUGGUUAUUAUGUGCCUGGCGCUAUUCCCCUUGAACCUAGUCAUAACGCAACCACUUGGUAUCAAGUACCAGUAAAAGUGAACGUUUCUGCACACCAAGAACAAUGGCCAGAAGGAAGUGAUAUUAGUAUUGCUUGCGAAGUGGAUGGCUAUCCUAUUCCAAGAGUGGAAUGGUUCAAGAAUGAUGUUCCAAUUGAAGUUGAUAACCGCAUCAAGAUUUCUGAAGCCAACAGAUUAGAAAUUCUCGACGCAAGCAGAAACGAUUCCGGUCAAUACCGAUGCGAAGCAACCAAUCAAUUUUCAAGCAGCUCUGAAAGCGUAAACAUAAACGUAGCUGGAAUUUUCAUCCACCCCAAUUGUCAAGACAAUUCCUACUUUGCCAAAUGCGAUCUGAUCGUGCUUGCCAACUACUGCCAGCACAAAUACUACGCUAAAUUCUGCUGUCGAUCCUGUACGGAAGCCGGACAGUUGCCAGUGAGAGGUCCUCAUCUAGAAAGAACGAGAAGAAGAAGAUCCACCCACUUUUUCUAAAAACUGAAACUAAUUCUCGAUCGGUCGGACCAAUGGGACAUAAUCAAUAGAUAUAAAAAAGGAGACUCUUUAUCCGUACUCUCGAUUCCAACAAUUUAAAUCAAAAUCUUUCCAACACUCUAUGGAAACUCCAAACCGUGAUUAAAAUUUAGCGAUUAAAUAUUAUCGAUUCAACUUGAUCAGGGGAUCAAAGCAAGAAUUAAAUCAUAAUUUUCUUAUAACGAAAAAACUGUUGUCUUCGCCGAACGCGUUGAAACUCGAGUCUCGUUCACUGCCAAAGCCUUAGAACGUCUAUACAUAGACAGCGAUAAAUUAAUCAAACUCCUCUUUUCUAGCGCGUCGUAAUUUUUAUUUAAUUUUUUUUAUUCCUUAUACUUUUUUCGACACAGGGUCCAUGUAUACACGAUCUGAAGCUGAAUCCUAGUCCGACGGAGCCAUAAUUGAAAGCUGUAAGUUGCGCUUUCAUAAGACGAUUUGCGACUUCGUCGAUCUCAGAAGACACCUCGAAGUAAAAAAAAUGUGCAUUCUUCCUUUUUCUUUUGUGUCUCUAAAUCAAAAGUAAUAGAAAUCGAUGUGAAAGUAGAUUCAAUGUAGUUGUGCAACCUUUUCUGGUAAGUAUAGUACAAUUCCUUAUCUUCCCAGGGUGAUGACUAACGAAUCGAAAAUAAUGCCUUUAUUAAUCGUUGAAAUUAUUUCUUGGAAUAAGAAACCGAAACUCAAAACUAGAGACCACAUGAGACCUGUAAAUAUUAUUUUAAUCACUGCUAAUGCAUUUUAUCUCAUAAUGAAGAAUUGAGUUAUUCAGUCUCCCCAAUAACACGAAAUAUUGCAGGAGAAGAGUGGCAAAAUUGCUAUGCAAUAUUGUAGAAAUUUUGCUUCAAUAUAUGAAAUUACCUUUUCCAAUUAAUAUUGCUGCAUUGGUGCAACAAGAUUUUGCAACAACAGUGCAUCAACAUUGCAUUUUUACAUGUUGAAGCAACAUUGUUGCAAUAUUCAGGGUGGCCGCUGGACCGAGAAGUCGGGAAAACCGGGAAAUGAACAGGAAUUUUUUGAGACCGGAAAUAAAAUUUAAAAGUCUGCCC